GUGGAACAUGGACGACGACACUUUUUAAGGAGCCAAAACACUAACAAAAACUUUGGCUCGCACCAUCACUCUGAGAAACAUGGCUGCUCGGGCUGCCGUCGCUUCUUCGCUCCAGCGUCUCUCAUCUUCGUCGCUUUUACCAGCGAAGCUCAUCUCACGGCGAUCUCUCUCCGCCGGCGGAGAUCAUCAUGGACCUGCAAGAGUUAAUCUCUGGGACGAUCCUCUUAGCCCAUCUAAAUGGAAGGAAGAGCAUUUUGUGCUUGCCAGCUUAAGUGGUUGGGGUUUACUAUUCUAUGGAGGGUACAAGUUUUUCUCCGGCGGCAAGAAAGAAGAGGUGAAGGUUGCUGCACCAUCGUCACAGUAACUCUCUGAAGCUGGUUAAAAUAUUCCCCGUUUGGAAAUAUGCCCCGGCCGGAAAUAAAAGCCAUGAGCAGAAAGCAUUGUUUGCACCGAACUCUCUCUCUCUCAUCUCUAUUUUGGAAAGUUAUUUACUACUUUUGCUAUUUGUAUUUGAUUUCAAGUUGUGUGAUAUGAGCUUUGUUGAAGAAAUUUUAUUAGAGUUAAAUGAGCAUCUGUUUGAGACGGUUUUGCUUU